GCUCUUCAAGACUCAUAUAAAAACAAGAAGAAGACGCUCAAACAGAUCAUGGGGCGCUCAGAACCAACGGAGGCCCCUUUUGAUGAGGACCACGAGUCCCAGGCCUCUCUUUCAGAGGUUUCUGACCAAGAAACCGCUGAUCUUCAAGCGCGGGCUCCCAAACGAAGACGGCUCUCUGAAUCGUCCGAUGAUUCGUACGUCGCGUCAGCACCGCUACCUACGCUCUCUCGAAUCAAGAAGAAAGACGCUUCGAAGCCCGAAAAGAGUACAGAGCCCGAAGAAGAUCCGGUCACGAUCAAAGAUGCGCUGGAGAUCGGGCUGAAUAGUGCCGAAUCGACCUUUUCGACGUUGAACGUCGCGCCUUGGCUGGUGGGCUCAUUGACGACGAUGGCGAUCCGGCGGCCGACGGCUAUCCAGAAGGCAUGUAUACCGGAGAUUCUCAAGGGGAGAGAUUGUAUCGGUGGGAGUCGGACAGGUUCUGGUAAGACGGUGGCUUUCGCGGUACCGAUACUGCAGAAAUGGGCGGAGGAUCCAGUAGGCAUUUUCGCUAUCGUUCUGACGCCAACAAGAGAGCUUGCGCUACAGAUAUUCGAACAAUUUAAGGCCAUCUCCGCCCCCCAGAGCAUGAAGCCGAUUCUAAUCACCGGCGGAACCGACAUGCGACCCCAAGCCAUUGCACUUUCGCAACGACCUCAUGUCGUCAUUGCGACUCCAGGACGGCUAGCCGAUCAUAUUCAAACCUCUGGCGAGGAUACAGUCUGUGGGCUGAAACGGGUGCGUAUGGUGGUGUUCGAUGAAGCAGACCGGCUUCUCGCCAGCGGGCCGGGCAGCAUGCUUCCAGACGUGGAAACCUGCAUGUCUGCCCUCCCGCCGUCGAGCGAGCGGCAAACCCUUCUCUUCACGGCGACCAUCACACCGGAAGUGCGCGCGCUGAAAACCAUGCCGCGGCCCGCUGGCAAGCCGCCCGUCUUCGUGACGGAGAUUGCGACACAAAAUCAGGGCAACAUCCCCCCGACCCUCAAGCAGACAUACCUCCAGGUGCCGUUGACGCACCGCGAGGCCUUCCUGCACGUUCUCCUGUCGACCGAGGGCAACGCAACGAAACCUGCCAUCAUCUUCUGCAACCACACCAAGACAGCGGACCUGCUGGAACGCAUGCUCCGCCGGCUGGGCCACCGCACGACCUCGCUGCACAGUCUGCUGCCCCAAUCCGAGCGGACGGCGAACCUGGCGCGCUUCCGCGCCGCCGCCGCCCGGUUACUAGUCGCCACGGAUGUCGCGUCUCGUGGUCUCGACAUCCCCGCCGUCAGCCUCGUGGUCAACUUCGACGUACCCCGCAACCCGGACGACUACGUCCACCGCGUCGGCCGAACGGCGCGUGCAGGCCGAUCCGGUGAGGCCGUCACGCUGGUCGGCCAGCGGGAUGUGCAGCUGGUGCUCGCGAUCGAGGAGCGGGUCGGUCGGCAGAUGGUCGAGUGGGCCGAGGACGGGGUCAGUAUCGAGGGCCGGGUCGUGCGCACGGGUGUGCUCAAGGAGGUCGGCGAGGCCAAGCGAGAGGCGGCGGGCGAGAUCGAAGAGGGGAGAGACGUCCUGGGUCGGAAGAGAAACAAGCUGAAGAAGGUGCGGUGA